UGGCCAAAGUUCCGUUCCCGAACCGAUCAAGGCCGUCCUCUGAUUCGAUCUCUGUAAGUAAAAAAGAUGGCACCAAAGAUUCGCAUUUCAAGGGUGCCCGCUGCAGUCGCGGCCGGUCGGUUGUCCGAUGGGAAGCUGUCGGUAGGCACCCAGACCGGGAUUCAGAUCUGCGUGGCUCCGAGUCGGGUGCCAACGCGUCCCAAAAUUAUCACCGGCAAGGACCAGCUGAGCAUGAUACGCCGUGGCGUGAAGCGGGCCAGCCAGCCGAAGAACUUCCUUUUUGUACCCAAAGAACGUUCCAUCACUGCUCGCGCAUUGGUCGCAGGGGCUAUUCCCCCGCCUUUGGCCAACGAGAAGGCCUGCCAAGCAACACCGGUCGGCAAGGAAUUGAAGAUCAGGCAGCCAAAGGCCGUGGCUUCGUUCAGGCCACGGCAGAUUCCCCCGGUACCGAUGGAGGAAACGCGCAACGAGAGCGCCCAUAACAAGGAGGUGAAGCGCUUGAAGUACCUGAUGGAAAUUGUGAACGCCGAUAAGCCACCAAACUGGAGCUUGGCCUCAGACAUGUGGCGGGAGAUUGAUUUCCUGGAGGAUCGUAUCGACGCGUAUCAGAAACAAGAAUCGGCAAACACAGCACAAAAGUAAAGCACAAAAGCACAAAAGCACAAAAAGUACAC